CAGAAUGGCAGAUAAAUGCGAAGAAAAGGAUAUAUUGAAGUAUUCUAUCAGUAAAUGGUCCAGUUUUUCAUACAACUAUGUUCCAGAAAACAUAUACAGUGAUAAUCCAAAGGACCAGUCUUCACGAUGGUCCUCAGACUCCAACCACCCACCUCAGUUCCUAAUGCUAAAGCUUGAAAAACCAGCCAUUGUGGAGUGUAUUACUUUUGGGAAGUAUGAGAAGGCCCAUGUCUGUAAUCUGAAAAAGUUUAAAGUGUUUGGAGGUCUGAAUGAUGAACAUAUGAUAGAGUUACUAGAAGGUGGUUUGAAGAAUGAUCAUGUUCCAGAAACUUUUCCCCUUAAGAAGGAAUUGCAUGAAAAUGUCUUUCCAUGUAGAUAUAUUAAGAUUGUUCCCCUUCAGGCAUGGGGCCCUUCCUGUUUUAAUUUUAGUAUCUGGUAUGUGAAACUUCAAGGAGAAAGUGACUGGGAUGUAGUUCAACCAUGUCUUCAAUGGCUGGUCACAUUUAGAGAGAAGGAGGCCAUUAGGCUGUGUUUGAAGCAUUUCAGACAGAGACAGUAUACAGAGGCUUACGAGGCCCUCCAAAAGAAAACCAAAGUCUCUCUGGAACACCCCAUACUCACAGAACUCCACUCCAUGCUGGUUAAACAUGGUGAUUUUGAAAAGAGUGAGGAUUUACUGUGGCAGGCAGCAGAAGAGGGACUAUUUGAUCAGUAUAUUUGUGACCAAGACUAUAAACCAAAAUGGACCCCCAUAGAACCAAUUCCCACAGGAGAAAAUCCUAAUGCUUACCAGCCUGGAAUGAGGGGAGGUCACCAGAUGUGCCUGGAUUUACAGAAUGAGAAUCUAUACCUGUUUGGUGGGUGGGAUGGGAACAAAGACUUGGCAGAUUUCUGGGUGUUUUCUGUGCCUUCAAAAGAAUGGACCUGUUUAAGCCAAAAUACAGAAGCAGAUGGUGGUCCAAAUGCAAGAUCUUGUCACAAGAUGUGUUUAGAUUAUGAGAGGAAGCAGAUUUUUAUUUUGGGGAGGUAUUUGGAUUCAUCUGUCAGAACUUCAGACAACCUCAAGAGUGACUUUUAUAUGUAUGACAUCAACUCAGACAGAUGGACUUUAAUCACAGAGGACACUCAUACAAUGGGUGGACCCAGGCUUAUAUACGACCAUCAAAUGGUCAUAGAUAUCGAAAAACAAACUUUAUAUGUAUUUGGAGGGCGUGUUUUAAACAGCAGUGUUGGCUCAGACAGGGGGAGUGAGCAUUCGUUUAGUGGCCUUUAUGCUUACCACAUUCCCACCAACACAUGGUCUUGUAUUAAGGAAGACUGCCCCACCCUGAGGUCAAGGAUAGGUCACUCUAUGCUCUUCCACUCUAAACGACGACUAUUGUAUGUGUUUGCUGGUCAAAGAGCUAAGGAGUAUCUGAAUGACUUUUUCACCUAUAAUGUGGAUACAGGACUGAUAGAUAUUAUCAGUGAUGGAUCAAAGAAAGAUUCUGCAGUUCCAUCAGCUGGCUUUACACAAAGAGCUACCAUAGACCCAAAUAAAGAUGAAAUACAUGUGUUGUCUGGCCUUAACAAAGAAAAGGAGAAAAGAGAAAAUGUGAAGAAUUCUUUCUGGGUAUACAAUAUUAAGAAAAAUAGAUGGUCGUGUGUGUACAGAAAUGAGAACAGUGGGCAGCAGUACUGGACGAAGAUGCAGAAUGUAGAACCAGUACCAAGAUUUGCCCAUCAGUUGGUUUACGAUCAUGUCAGAAAGGUUCACUACUUGUUUGGAGGUAACCCUGGAAAAGAAAGCUUACCUAAAAUAAGGCUGGAUGAUUUCUGGGUAUUAAAGUUGUGUAGAUUGUCAUCAGAACACCUAUUACGUCAGUGUAAAUAUCUACUGAGAAAGUACAAGUUUCAGGAGCUUGCGGAACACAAUCCCCACACUGCCAUGUUGUACCUACAGAAUGAUCUAGCCAGUAUUGUCGACCACAAAAAUAAAAAAGAACGGGAAGAGUUUGAGUCCCUGGCUACGACUUUGUUCCAGAGCCCUGAGGAUGAAAUAGAAGGAAAUGAAGAGGCUAUAUUGGUAGAUACUAGUGAACAUCACAUGGCUAGGACGGAACUAUUCGACCAGUUAGUGGCCUUUUUCCCUGAGCACAUGUCUCAGCCUAAAGGAAAUCUUGUGGACCUUAUUCCUCUGACCUGAUAUUCUGCAGUGUGGUUUAUAUAUAAAUGGCAUCCCCAGUCCCUAAAAUAAAAAAAAAAUGUUGGAAUGAAAUUAACUGUUUGCUACAUUUUAGCUUAUCUGUGCCAAAAAUUUAAUGUUAUUAUACAUCUACUUUACUUAUGAAAAGGCGAUGAGGUACAUUACUUUGCUAAAAAGUAACAAGCAUACCAUGUACUUAAAAAUAUAUAUUUGGAAAAAUAAUUUGAUUUUACUAUUUAAUUGCUCUGUUUUACAUACAUGUGUAUGGAUGUAUGACCAUUUUCAUGUCAUCGUACAUGUUAAGAAUUUUCAUUGUUAGUUAUAUCAUUUGUUUAUUUAAUGAUAUAACAAUAAGAAUGUGAUGUAUUAUAGUAUUACCAACCAGUCAUUAUAGGAAGUAUAAAAUAAUUACUGUUGCAUAAUCUAGUACAUGUUUUUUAAUUCUUCCAAUUUAAUUUAUUGACUGAUGUGUUUAUUGACUAAAUACAAAUAUAGUACACUAUAGUACUUGUAAAUAUGUGUUGUACAGA